AUGGCCACAUUUACCUAUGAUUUCCUCAAUUUCACUUUCUUCAUUUUCUUCAUUGUUCUUCUUCCCUCUGCCGCUUCACUUAACUUCCGAAUGCCGCGUUUUGACCCCAAUGAUGACAGAAUACUUUAUCAGGGAGAUGCAGUACCUUCCGUCGGAGGUAUUGCAUUGAAUUAUAAAGACACUUUUUCAUGUCGUGUUGGCUGGGCCACUUAUGCCGAGAGGGUACCGCUUUGGAACUCUGAUACCGGAGAGACUUCUGACUUCAGUACCAAGUUCUCCUUCAUAAUCGACACCAAGGAUAGUCCUAGUCGUGAAUAUGGCAGUGGACUUGCGUUUUUCUUAGCUCCUGUUGGAUUUCAAAUCCCUCCGAAUUCGGUUGGUGGCUUUUUAGGCCUGUUCAACACCACAACUGCUUACUCAUCUUCAAACCAAAUUGUUAUGGUGGAAUUUGAUUCUUACUGGGAUGAUGGAUGGGAUCCUGCGGAUAUUUUUAAUCAAGACCAUGUCGGGAUCAACUAUAACUCGCUUGUUUCAGCUGUCUAUACGCGCUGGAACGCUAGUUUCCACAGUGCAGACACCGCUGAUGUGCAGAUUACAUACAAUGCUACUACUAAAAACUUGAGCGUCUCUUGGACCUACCGACAGACCUCUAAUUCUCAAGAGGACACAAGUUUAUCUUACAUAAUUGAUCUGAGGAAGGUUCUUCCAGAGUGGGUCACUAUUGGGUUUUCAGCUGCUACCGGCGCGAAAUUAGAGAGAAAUAUCCUUGAAUCAUGGGAGUUCAAUUCAAGUUUGGUUGGAAAGGAGACAGACGGAGCGGAUGCAAGAAAGACCAAAAUAAUAGUUUCUGUCACAGUUUCAUUGGGUGUUCUUCUAAUAGCUGCUUUAGUAAUGACCGGACUUGUAGUUUCGCGAAGGCGGAAUCGGAAGCAGAUGAAGAAAGAUCCUGGAGAGACAAUGAACUUAACUUCCAUCAAUGAUGACCUUGAAAGAGGUGCGGGACCAAGGAAGUUUUCCUACAAAGAUCUCGCGACUGCAACCAAUAAUUUCUCGGAUGAUAGAAAGUUGGGUGAAGGAGGGUUUGGUGCCGUGUACAAGGGUUACUUUAUUGAUAUUGACAUGGCUGUUGCGGUGAAAAAGAUUUCAAAAGGUUCUAGACAAGGGAAAAAAGAGUACAUAACUGAAGUGAAGACUAUUAGCCAAUUGAGACAUCGAAAUUUGGUGCAACUUAUCGGUUGGUGUCACGAUGGUGGUCAAUUUCUUUUGGUAUAUGAGUUUAUGCCAAAUGGAAGCCUUGAUUUUCACCUCUUUGGCAAGAAGACCAGUCCUCUUACUUGGGCUGUGAGAUACAAGAUAUCUCUUGGUUUGGCCUCGGCUUUGCUCUAUCUCCACGAAGAGUGGGAGCAAUGUGUGGUGCACCGAGAUAUCAAAUCAAGUAACAUAAUGUUGGAUUCUAAUUUUAAUGUCAAACUAGGUGAUUUCGGAUUGGCGAGGCUCAUGGACCAUGAGUUAGGUCCUCAAACAACUGGGUUGGCUGGAACUUUAGGUUAUCUGGCCCCGGAAUACAUUAGCACAGGAAGGGCUAGUAAAGAAUCCGAUGUAUAUAGUUUUGGAGUGGUUGCUCUAGAAAUUGCUACCGGGCGGAAGUCAACAGAUCCCAUGAAGGAACAAUCUGAAAUGGGGUUGGUGGAGUGGGUUUGGGAUCUUUACGGAAGAGGAAAUCUUCUUUUGGGAGUUGAUGAAAAACUGGGAGUGGAUUUAGAUGAAAAACAAGUAGAGUCUUUGAUGAUUGUUGGAUUAUGGUGUGCUCACCCAGACCACAGUUUCAGACCUUCAAUAAGGCAAGCAAUUCAAGUUCUUAAUUUCGAGACGGCCAUGCCAAAUCUUCCAACGAAGAUGCCGGUUCCUAUGUAUCAUAUACCUACUGAUCCAUCACUCAGUUCCGGUGAACCUUUCAUUACAAAUUCAAGCAUUGAAGUGGGUCGUUAGAAUUUUAAUUAAUUUCUACUGUUGUUGUAGCCAUGUACUGAUUUCUCUUUGAUGAUAUAAUUAAUUCAUGCAUCGAAGUGGAUAUAUGAUA